AUGAUCGAUAAGAUCAUAGAGCUCACCCUGGAAUUACUGCAGUGCAUCGUUGAGCAAAUUUGGUAUCAUCGCUCAGUUUACCCGCCAGAGUCAUUUGAAAAUGCUCGUUGCUUUCAGCUCCCCGUCCAUAUGACUCGCCAUCCGGAUGUCAAACGGUACCUGGCUAACGUCACUUCUAAAAUCAAAAGUUUCCUAGAGCGAGGUAAGCUCAACAGGCUUUUUGUCGAAAUAUAUCCGCCAGAUUCUGCUGUGAGGAUUGAAACUUACGGAUUUAGUUUGACUAACUCGCCACUUCUGGAGGCACUGAGAGCUGAUGCUGAACUCUCUGAGGAGUUCAAGCUGAAUGUGCUAUAUGCUGAGUACCAGGCGUUUUUGUACUCGGUGAUCAACGAACUGCAGACAGCAACCAAAUUGACACCACCGUCAUCGUUCAAAAUUUUGGUCUCUACAGACAACUCAGAGUUUAACCGGAUGCUCUCACAGGACUGGAUUUUGCACAGAACGCAGAUGCCAACAAGCACGCAGUCUUCAGAAUCAGCAACAGCAAGAAUUCAUGAUUUUAGACAGGUUUCGCUGCCGUAUCUAAAUAUCAAGGGCUACAGAGCAGAACAUCUACCAUUUUAG